AUGGCAUCAUCACACAAUUUGGAAGGUUAUUCAUCUGAAACCUCUAGUAUCUCUGUUCCCUCAGACGACAUUUGUCGUAAACCUAUGAUUGAGGAAAAGAAGAACAACGAGGUGACAACGAUAAAGGAGAAAGGUAUCAGAUUUGAAGAACAUCAAGCUUCUAAUUCCAAAUCUCAUAUGGUGUUGGAUUUUGUUAAGCUUCUCAAUGAUGAGUCAAAUUGUGGGUCAAAAGUGGAAUUGGAUUUUUUCAAUUCCACCAAUGUGGGAGGUUCAUCUUCUAGGGUAAAUCACACUCAAGUGGGAGGUUCAUCUUCUAGGGUAAACCAGACUCAAGCCAGAUAUGAGAACAACAAUGAGGAAAAAUCGUCUGAGGCUAAAGUAUUCUCUUGCAACUUCUGUAAGAAAGAGUUUUCUUCUUCACAAGCCUUGGGAGGACACCAAAACGCACAUAAACAAGAACGUGCUCUUGCAAAACGUCGCCAAGGGAUUGAUGGUGGUGGUUUUGGAAACCCUCAUAUUCUGUAUUAUCCUUAUCCCACACACUCUUUUUAUGGAUCUUAUAAUAGGGCUCUUGGCGUUCGAAUGGAGUCCAUGAUUCACAAACCUGCAUACCCUUCAUCCUCACCAGGUUUAAGGUUUGGUCAAGGAUUGUCAAGACAGGAAAUGUUACGUCCUUCUUCUCAUGGUUUGCAACGAAGUAAUAAUGGAAUUAGAAUAAUGGGGAGUGACACACCUUCAAAGACACAAGAUGAUCCUGGUACUACCAGACAUAAUAUUCCAUUCUUCAUCAGAGAAUCUCUUACAAAUGUUGCUACCAAAUCAAACUCCACUCCAUUGAAUACUGAGAACAACAAAGAUCACUCCAGGAAAGAAGAAAUCUCAAGUCCUAACUCUUCAGAUGAGAUUGAUUUAUCACUUAAACUUUAA